CAUGAAUACAUUUUACUUCCUUGUAUGUCCAUGUAUAUAUAGGCUGCGCGUCGGUCAUUUGACAGCGUGCGGAAAACCCCAAUCAAGAAAUCAUGGUCACUCUCCUGAUCUUCACUUUCCUGCUGAAUCAAGCAUUCGUCUCGGCUCAGACUUGUGGUUUAUCUGCGAUUGCUCAACAUAAUCGCAUUGCAGGUGGUAGUGAGGCCACUCCUCACAGCUGGCCUUGGCAGGUUUCUGUGCAAUACUACAGUUCGGAGACAAACAGAUGGUACCACUCUUGUAGUGGAACCCUAAUCGCCCCACAGUGGGUUCUCACAAGUGGCAGCUGUGCCAACGACACGUAUUAUCUACGAGUAGUGCUUGGCAAGCACAAUAUAUACCAGCAGGAGGCUGGGGCAUAUGUUUCAGAAGUCUACCUUACUGCUUACCAUUCCGGAUUGAACGUCACCAGCAGUGAAAAAGACAUUGGAUUGAUUAAGCUGAAAGCACCAGUGACGCUGAACAAUGGAAUACAGUUCGCCUGCCUUCCCAGUGACAACGAGCGACUGUCAUUGACAAGCACAUGCUACGCCAUCGGCUGGGGCUCCAGAAUAAGCGAUGGUUUACUUACCAGUACACUUCAGCAAGCCAAACUACCAGUGAUGGACGACAACACAUGCAAAUUAAGCACAUUUUGGUCUAAUAAAUUACCUGCAAACACAACAUGUGCUGGUGAUGGAACAAGCGGUGCAUGCGAUGGUGAUUGGGGUGGACCGCUACUAUGUCGGAAGAGUGACAAUUCAUGGGUUGCACAUGGCGUUGUUACAUUUAUAUCAGCAGUGAAUUGUCAAAAUUACUAUAAGCCUACAGUCUUCACUCGUAUAUCUGCCUACAUUCCCUGGAUUCAAAACGUGAUGGCGCGUUAUUAAACUCAGAAGGACAUUCUUGUGGGCGAUGAACAGUACCAUCAAGAUGGUGAUCGCCGUCUUAACACAUACUGGAUCAUUGAUAUUUACAUCAUAAUGUUUCUUGAAAUAUUAACACAAGCUUGUUUAAUGUAAUAUGAAUCAAUGUUUCCAUUUAUAAUUUCUCAAUGCUUGUCAUGUAAUUCCUGUAAUUUUUCCCUUUUCUCUUCUAAAGCAAUAAUUCUGAACUCUAAGACGUACUUCAAAUUUGUUUCAGUAAUUCUACUGUUAAAAGCACAUAUAAAACACAGGUUUUCUUUUUAUAUAGCACUAUAAAUUAGUUCUUUCGAGAAACCUUUAUAUGUUAUACUCGUGGUUGCAUGAUUAAAAUGUUAUUUCAUAAAUAAAAAUUGUGAUUCCAAAUAGAUGGACAGUCACCCCUUUUGUACAACAAAUACA